AUGUCGAGUAUUUUCAAGACUUUGUCUCGUAAGGAUAAAGACGGUAAGAAGAACAAAAAUAAUGCGGCUAACAGUGACAGUAAUGAGAAACAGUUCAUGAAUAAGCAACGUACCUUACUUAUUACGUCCAGAGGUGUUACUUAUAGACAUCGUCAUUUGGUUCAGGAUUUGAACAGUCUUCUACCACAUUCGAGAAAGGAACCUAAGUUGGACACGAAGAAGGAUCUAGGACAAUUGAAUGAGAUUGCGGAAUUGUACAACUGUAAUAACAUUAUAUUCUUUGAAGCUAGAAAGCACCAGGAUUUGUACCUAUGGCUAUCAAAGCCACCAAAUGGACCAACAAUCAAGUUUUAUUUGCAGAACCUACAUACCAUGGACGAAUUAAACUUCACUGGCAACUGUUUGAAGGGAUCCAGACCAAUAUUGUCAUUUGAUGGUAGAUUUGAUUCUGAACCGCACUACCGUUUAAUUAAAGAACUUUUUAUCCAUAACUUCGGUGUACCACCUCAAGCUAGAAAGUCCAAGCCAUUCAUUGACCAUAUCAUGUCUUUCAGUAUAGUUGACGAAAAGAUCUGGGUAAGAACGUAUGAGAUCUCGCAUGAAGCUAGGAACAACGUUGAAUAUGAGGAUAAAGAAGAAGAUGAAACGUCGUUAGUUGAAAUUGGCCCACGUUUCGUGAUGACACCGAUUUUGAUCCUUGAAGGUUCAUUUGGUGGUCCAAAGAUCUACGAAAACAGACAAUACGUAUCGCCAAACUUCGUUAGAUCUCAAAUUAAACAACAGGCUGCCAAGGAAGCUAAGACCAGAGCCGAAGCUGCUGUUGAAAGGAAACUAAAGAAGAGAGAAAGUGUCUUGGCUGUAGAUCCAUUAUCCAACGAUGCAUUGUUCAAAGAUUAA